GUUCCCGGCUGGCGGCGCCGGGGCCGCGUUCCGGAGCUGGCCGCGCUCUGGGGCCGGCGGGAGCAGCGCGGAGCCGGGAGCCGGGCGCGGGCGGACGGAGUGCGGCAGCCUCUCGCCCAGAGUUUUAUAACUUGGCUGAAUUUGGGCAGUUCUUUAUGGGGACAGCAAAAGGCACAUCCCUUGCACAAAGGCCAUCCCUCUGCCAAAUCUAUGGCACCCCCGGAGAGAGAGGCCAGAACGUCCCUCCUGUGACGGGUUUGUGAUGAGGAGAAGCUGUUGGCUGCUGAGUGCUCUGAACCUGAGGUUUCUGCUGGGUCUCGGAGCGCCGCAUUGAACCACUAGAGAGAGCCCAGAACACAAUGAACAAACUGAACUUCCAUAAUAACAGAGUCAUGCAAGACCGCCGGAGCGUUUGUAUUUUCCUUCCCAACGACGAUUCCCUCAACAUCAUUAUAAAUGUUAAAAUAUUAUGUCGUGAGUUACUUGUCCAGGUGUGCGACCUUCUGAGGUUAAGGGAUUGUCAUCUCUUUGGACUCAGCGUCAUACAAAACAAUGAGCACGUGUAUAUGGAAUUAUCACAGAAACUCUACAAAUACUGCCCAAAAGAAUGGAAGAAAGAAGCUAGCAAGGGCAUUGACCAGUUUGGUCCCCCGAUGAUUAUCCACUUUCGAGUGCAAUAUUAUGUGGAAAAUGGCAGACUGAUCAGUGACAGAACAGCCAGGUACUAUUAUUACUGGCACCUGAGAAAACAAGUGCUGCAUUCCCAGUGUGUGCUGCGCGAGGAGGCCUACUUCCUGCUGGCAGCCUUCGCGCUGCAGGCCGACCUGGGGAACUUCAAAAGGAACAAGCACUAUGGGAAAUACUUCGAGCCGGAGGCUUACUUCCCUGCAUGGGUGCUGACAAAGAGAGGGAAAGACUACAUCGUAAAGCACAUUCCAAACAUGCACAAAGAUCAGUUUGCACUCACAGCCUCCGAAGCACAUCUUAAAUAUAUUAAGGAGGCAGUCCGGCUGGAUGAUGUCGCUGUUCAUUACUACAGAUUGUAUAAGGACAAAAGGGAAAUCGAAGCCUCAUUAACCCUUGGGUUGACAACGCGGGGCAUACAGAUCUUUCAGAAUUUAGAUGAAGAAAGACAGUUGCUUUAUGACUUCCCCUGGACAAACGUGGGAAAACUUGUAUUUGUGGGUAAGAAAUUUGAGAUUUUGCCAGAUGGUUUGCCAUCAGCCAGGAAACUCAUCUACUACACGGGCUGUCCCAUGCGCUCCAGGCACCUCCUGCAGCUGCUCAGCAAUAGCCAUCGCCUCUAUAUGAAUCUGCAGCCGAUCCUGCGGCAGGUCAGGAAACUUGAGGAGAAUGAAGAGAAGAAGCAGUACCGGGAGUCUUACAUCAGCGACACGGUGGACCUGGACAUGGACCAGCUGGAGAAACGCUCCCGAGCCAGCGGGAGCAGCGCAGGCAGCGCCAAGCACAAGCGCCUCUCGCGGCACUCCACGACCAGCCAUAGCAGCUCCCACACCUCCGGCAUCGAGGCGGACACCAAGCCCAGGGAGAUGGGGCCGGAGGACAGCUUCUUGGGCACCGCCGUGCACCGCAAACUGAAAACCUGCAGCUCCAUGACCAGCCAUGGCAGCUCCCACACCUCCGGGGUGGAGAGCGGGGGGAAGGACCGGCUGGAGGAGGACUCUCAGGAUGACGAAAUAGAAAUGCUGGUGGAUGACCCCCGAGAGCUGGAGCAGACAAAUGAGUCGCCCCUCGAGGUUAGCCCAGACAUGUGUAUCUACAUCACUGAGGAUAUGCUGACAUCACGGAAGUUUAACGGACACUCGGGGUUAAUCGUAAAGGAAGUGAGCUCAUCCACAUCCAGCUCUUCAGAGACAGUGGUCAGACUUCGUGGUCAAAGCAGCGACUCGUUGCCCCAGACCGUCUGCAGAAAACCAAAGACUUCCACCGACCGGCACAGCUUAAGCCUGGAUGACAUCCGGCUUUACCAAAAAGACUUCUUGCAGCUAGCGGACACUGCUCAGAGCUACACGUUUGGCUGUGGCCACGAACUGGAUGAAGACGGUCUCUAUUGUAACGGCUGCUUGGCUCAGCAGUGUAUCAAUAUCCAAGAAAGUUUCCCAGUGAAAAGAACGAGCAAAUACUUCUCUUUGGAUCUGACCCACGAUGAAGUUCCAGAGUUCGUUGUUUAAGCUCCACAGCUUUACUGUGGCAGGACUGGCUACCUGCACUAUUAGAAAGACUUGAAAUCUAUUGGUGUUUCCUUGAAAUGUCUGGUGCCAUAUGGGUUUUUUCCCUCCCCCUACACACCUUGCUCUUUGCUAGUACAAAUCAAGGCCUUAGUUACCAUUGCACUUUGAGCAGUACCCAGGCAGUAGGGAUAGAGAUUGUGUGGCAUGACAGAGCCUUGUCUAGGUCAAUCAGUCAGAGUGAGAGAGACUCUCUCUCUUAUUUGGAAGUAGUUUGUGCAAAACACUGAUUGUCUUAUUUCAGUUUGGAGAAGCACAACAUCGUUUCUUUAUUUAACCUAAUCAAAAAUAAUCCUGACUUUCGUCUUCCUGCCUCGGGAAAGCUCUCGAGUCUAGUCGGGUUUGUUUUGAGUCUAGUUGGGUUUGGGGGUUUUUUGUUUUGUUUUUUCCCCUCUAAAGAUGCUAUUGCCUCUUGUUGUAUAGCCAUCGCUUUAGCUUCUGUAGAUGCUAAAAAGAAAACCUCAGUUUCUUUGUUGUGUUCUGUCAAGCCAAAGAAAUGUAAAUUAUCCUAAAUGCCAGUAUCAAGAAGAUGAGAUUUAAGCAAUAACUAGACAAGAAACUCUAUGCAUGUUCAUGAUACCUUGGAAAACGGUGCGUUAAGUUGCAGUUGACACAGUGUGCGAUCCCAGUUCUUCCAAAAAUUUACUUUGGAAUAUAGUUCCAAACAGAGCUUUUGUUCAGCAUUUUGUAAAGUUUACAAAAAUCAGAUUGAUGUUACAUGGGAACUUAGAAAGCUUCUAAACUUCUUUAUUUUUUUUAAAGAAAAAUGAAAAAUAACAGAUCAUAUAUAAUGAUGUAGCAAUAAUGUUUGCUGACCAAAGUACCUUAAAUAUAUAUAAUAUACAUAUAUAAAUAUAUAAAAUUAUAUAUAUGUUUAUAUAUGUUUGGAUCUUUAUAGACCCUUUUUAUUUUUGUUCUAAAAUACUUUUUUUAUACAAAGAAUAUGCUUCCUUCCUUUAAUAAUACGUAUAGACAAUCAUUUUUUUGUUUUUUUCCUAAACUCUAACAUUCUGGAAGGUGAAAAAAUACUUUCCUAUUGCAAAUAAUAUGUAUGCAACUGCAUUGUUAGCAUGACUGUUUUCAGUUAACAUAGUUUUGUUUUUAUUUUAAAUAAGGCUUUUCAUGCAUCAUUAAAUACUUUCCAAUUUAAAUAGUUUCGAUGAAAGGAUGAAGAUGUUCUAUCAGAAAUGCAGCAGGUGCAGCUUUCGAGAUGGAGUGUCCUAAUGAAAUUAAAAUGAACAGGUAUUAUGAUAUUUUACCAUCAGUAAAUAUGGGGCAAAGCAUUACAGCAACUAAUAUUUACAGCACAAUGCCUUUUUUAAAAUGAAUGUUUUUAAUUAGGGAUUUAGUAUUUUACAGCCAUAGUUUACCAUAUUUUGAUUAUAUCAUAUUUUUAACUGGAAACUUUUCUUAACAAAAGGUUAUUUUAUAAAUAAGGAGUGUGAUAUUUUUAUAAGAAAUGCGGGUGUGUUUUUGCUAACAUUAAGGAAUUUAGAUUUUUCGAUACAGGGCAACGUAAUCAGUGUUAUUGCUAUAUGGGAGACAGUGUUAUAGAGCAAAUAAUGAACACUGCAAAAUUUGCUACAGCAUUGCUGCCUGAUACAUUUUUUUGCUAGAAAACCGGCCAGAUUUUCCAUAAACACUGGCUACUUUUCAUCACUCUGCUGCCAAGGUUGUGAUGGCUUUAUGUUGCCAGAGUGCAGAAAAGCAUUCAGAACAUACCAGUGAAUUUUGCCCAUUAUGUAUUAGUGUUUGCAUUGUGUGUAAGAUAGAUAGCCAAAUGCUGCCAUGGUACUCUCUAGCCAGUGCAGGGAGAGUGAGCAGUGCCGCAUGCAGGCGGCUCAAUAGGGGGCAGUAUUCGGUGGCACCCGGCACCUCACUGCAGUGUGCUGUGCAAUAGGACCACCCUACAACUGCUGGCCACCGCUUCCUGCAGAUGAUAGGAGAUGCACAGAUUAGCUGUGGGGCUAGAUCUGCACCGCUAUCCUCUAGACCAUCCCUAGCGCUGAGCAUCUCUUAGCCUCUCUUGCUAGCAACGGGGAGGAUCCGUAUCCGUUGGAAGUGGUUUUCCCUUCCACAACAGCACAAGCCAAAGCUAGAUCUAACUCGGGUGUGGGCAAAGUCUCCAAACCUUAGAAGUCCACCUUGCUGGCGUUGAAGCGUCUUCCCUCUCUACUGAGGCACGUUGAGUUCCUGCACAAAAGAUGAUCCCCUCCUGCAGAACAGGCAGAAUUUUCAGGUUCUAGGAUUGUAUCUCUGGGGAUGACCACAGAUCUAUGUACAUGGAUGUGUUUGAUAUAUACACUAUAUAUAUGCGUGCACACAGAGUAUAUACAACAUAUAUAAUAUACACAGCUAUAUCACAUUGCAGUUAUCAGAGUUCAACUCUCAAAAAUGGAGAAGAGGACUUAUUCUGAACUCACGGGGUCAGAUUUAUUUUUUUUCUCGCCAACUGAUUGGAUAAGCCAAAGUUUCUGUGGUCAAAAGGAUUGUACGAAAUACCUGCUCCUCUCAGUUUAUUCCCCUGUGGUGGUGUGCAAUAUGUAAGGUUUCCCUCCUACCCAUCUUCACACGUUCAUUGUUGGCAAACCCGUUUUCCUUGAAAUGGUAUGUGCUGCAUGUUGGUAUGACCCUGGCCAAACUGAAAGGUGUAAAGCACCCAUAUCAUUGAAGAGACCCCAGCAUGAUAUGAGCCCUAUUUGUUCUUGUUAUUUAUUUUGUUAAAAUAUAGAGGGAAGGAUGUAAUUAAAGGGUUAAGUAUGCAAAUAAUGCUUUAUGCAGUCAAGAAAGCAGGCUACUUUCAGUCCAGAUCCUGCAAUCCAGUCUGUACAAGACAGACCUUCUGCAAUCAUGCAGAGCCCUAAAGUUGUUCAUGGGCCUCUAUGAGGGUCUCCUGAUAUGGAUCCAAUUGUAGGAUCAGGGCCUUUUGCUUUAUACUCCAACCAAAAAGAGUCCGAAAUCAUUCACUUGAUGUCACAGACGUGGUGGUUUUGCUCAAGUUGUUCUUCUUGGAUUCACAAGCAAUUAACUUACAUGAAUAGGCAGCAUUGACCCCUAACAAGACACGUCCUUGCUUUUGUCAUAAUACUCAUAAUUUGUUGCAAAUCAUUCUUUGUAAGGCGGGGUGCAGGCAGUUGGAAAGGCAAUAUCUUGUAUUCUACACUUGGUACUAAAAAGCUGUAUGAUAUAAAAUUGUUAUUUAUUCUGCAUCGGUUAGAAAUCCCAAGAUGGUCAAUGUCCGGAUUUGGUGUCUGUUGCCUUCUGACAUGUACAUUGAUAGGUUUGCAGUAACGAGCUAUAUGCAUGCACAAACUAACUAAUCCUUUCUGUGAAAGGAUCUUCCUGUCAGGACCAUACGAGAGAGGGAGUGUGCGUGUGAAAACAUAGCGGAGUUAUUUUGUUACAUUGAAGUUUGUUAUGUGCCUUUCGUGGCACAGUUAGAGAUUACAAUAAAGUGACAGUUGUUUGCAUUACUAUGAGU